GAAACUCAUCUCAAUCAAGUCUCCACACCCUCCAACCCACCCAGGACCUCCUCGCCAACACCGCCCUUGGCAAUAACCAUCUUAACAGCCUCCGCAACAACGCCUCUACGCACUCCACCCCUAGGAGAAAAGAUGAGUUCAUGCCUCAAGUUUGGUCUGCCACGUGAGUUGCGGUUUGCGAAUCCAGUUGUCGAAGUUGGUCAUCAGUGUCCUCAAACCUUAAUAUCAUCAAAGCAAGGUGCUAUCGAAGACUUUGAAGGCAUUCGAGAGACACAAGUGCCAGUCCUCGAGUAUUUUCGAUUGCAUCGUGCCGCCGAGAGUUGUUGUUGCUACGCUCCUCUGUACCUGCCGGCUAAACUCUCGAUCGUCGUUGUGGAUUCUGUCGCUAUUGCGGCUGCGGCAGACGCCUCAGAUUUGCUUGAUUUGUUUAUUUACACUACUAACAAGAAGUAUGUUGACUACUUUCGACACCUUAAUCCUCUCGUAUCCAUUCUACUGUUAACUGAAUCAUCGCCGUAUAUCUCAACCUUUGCUAAACGUGCCGUCACAUCAGCUUGUCUCU